AGGGACUGGGGGAGAUUGCAGGGGUUCUGUCGCCCCGAGCUGUCCCCCGGCUGCCCCACGGACCCCACUCUCAGCCUCGCCGUUGCUCCCAGCGGGCAGGGAAAGACGCCUGCUGGUGUCUCCGCUCCUGUCCCUCCGCUUGGCGUCCUUGCGGUGGCAGAGCCCACGGCAGAAAGCGUCCCCGGGAGGCUCUCUGUGCCCUCGCUGCUCAGGCGGAGGGGAUGUGUCCCGGGAGAGAUGCUCAGAGGGGUCUGUGACCUGUCGGGCGGCUCCUCCCUCAAAACUGCAGGGCUCAGUGUGUCGUGUCGCUGUGACCCCCAGCAGAAAGUGAGCAACCCACCUGGGCACCAGCUCCAAACCCAGCCACAGCAGUGGGGUUCACACCCCAGUGGUGACAGCAGCCUUGCCCGCCGGGAGAAGCCUCCGGUGCCUGAGGAGUGAGGGGAUGGAGCCCACUUCCACGGGAAACCCUCGCUGAGCAGGUUCUGGGGUGUGCUGGCAAGCACAGCUCCCCUGCUCCAGAUUCCUGCCUGGACAUUGUACCGCUGUCAGGGACGAUGAUAAUCAUCACCAGGGGGCCGGGUCCGACUGGGAGCUAACCCUGGGCAUGGGUCUGGGGUGGGUGCGUGGGUACCCCGGGGCUCUGUGCAGCUGCUCCCACAGGCAGUGUCAGGGGGCCCCACAGCACCCCAAUCCUGUUUGUCCUGAUUCCUGGGCAGGGAGGUGCAGAGGCUGAGUGUCUGGUUUUGGGAUCAGCCAGGCAAUUUUCCAGCCUGGUGUGUUUGCUGAGCAUUCCCCUCGGCCAAGGGCUGAGGAUGAACCCCUGAUGCACGUGCGAGGCAGGACAUACGUCAUGAGCGUCACCAGGUUAAUGGCCAGCAUCCUGCUCCACCUGACAGUGCGCUGCCAGCACCCACGGCCACUCACCCCAUCCGGUGGGCUGCACCCUGCAGCCACAGGCAAACCCAGUCUGCUUCUCCUCCACAUCAGGGCUUGGUGGACCCAGCCAGGUGCUGAGGCACCCACUCUUCUGCUGGCAUGGAGGCACAGUGCCAGCACAGAGUGGCAUUCGAUUGCACACCCCAGCCGACAGCCUGCUUCCCCGACUGGAUGGCAGGGCUCCCUGAUGCCCUGCCCCUCUCCUGCCUCUCUGUUCCUGGCACCCAUGACUCCCUCAGCCUGUUCGGUGGUCGGCGCCUGCGAUGCCAGAGCUGGGGGCUGGAAGCCCAGCUGGCAGCAGGCAUUCGCUUCCUGGAUGUGCGCUGCAAGCUGGUGCGAGGUGAGCUCCAGGUCUACCACCUCUGCACCUUCCAGCGGGCCAGCCUGCGGGGCGUCCUGCGCCGCACCCUGCGCUUCCUCCAUGCCCAUCCCGGCGAGGCCGUGCUCAUGCGCAUCAAGGAGGAGCUGCCCAUCUUCUCUCGGCCAGGCUUUGCUGCCCAGCUGCGCCGCUGCUUGCUGGAGGAGGGACAGGGCCAUGUGUGGUGCCAGGAGGAGGUGCCAACACUGGGCCAGGUGCGGGGGAAGAUUGUGGUGCUGGAGGCACUGGCACAGGAGGUGCUGGGCAUCCCCUAUGAGCAGCUGAGCAUCAGUGACGCCUGGAACGUACUCUCUCUGGAGCGUAAGUGGGCACGGGCCCAGCGGCACCUGGAGAGGGUGGCCAGUGGGAACACCACAACCAUGCACCUCACCUUCUGCUCUGGCAAUGGGCUCUUCACCUGUCCUGAGGAGGUGGCCCGCUUUGUGAACCCCCGCUGCUACCAGCACCUGCAGCACUGGAGGGGGCAGCCCGUGUGCUGGGGAGUAGUCAUCAUGGACUUCCCUGGGGCAGGACUCGUCCAACUUAUUGUGGAGAGCAAUUCCAUGCAUGCCAGCGGACACAUCACAGCAUCCCCCAGCAACCCCCCAACACCCCCACAGCACCGCCGUGGCAGAGAGGACAGGUACCACAUUCCCACAGCAUCCCUGCAGCAGAGGGGAUGGGUGUCACAACGAGGACAGCUCCACUCACUGCCUGCACCUGUGUCCAUUAGGACAGACGCUGCUCCUGGCCCCAUGCCUCUGCUGAAGAAUGUCGACACCCAGAGAGGAAAAGUAGGCUUCUAGUUCUUGCUGGGCACUGUGAAGCCUUUGUGUGACAACAGUGUGACAGCACCAGAGGCAGCAGAGGAGGGAUGGUGGCUGUGGUUGGAGCCAGGCAGCCCGGGAAGCUGCCCCCUGCACGCUGCUCUCCCCUGAGGAGCCAGGGGCUUGCCCCAAAAGUCAGAACUGUUAGAAAGAGACAACACCAGCAAGCAUCACCAGCCCUGUGUGUGAAGAGCUGGAUGGCCAAGGCAGAGGCAAUUCAGACAGGGCUACCCUGUCCUUGGGGUCGCUGUAUAGGACAAAGCCCAGUGGUUUGCAACGUCACAGGCAGCGUGGACAGGGCAGAGGACAAAAGCAAAGUGUUUGUGAUGUAAAAAAGACCUUAAAAUGCACAUUGUACCAGAGCCUGCCCUACCUGCAGAAAAUAAAUCAGCAAUUUAAACAGAUUGGCAAAUCACAGGACACAAGCUUCUUGGAGCAGAAAGAUAAUCGAGAUCCCAGGGAGAAAGCAACAAACUGCCAGCAGUGCUGAAGCAGGGAGGUGAGAAUGAGAAGAGGAAAGCUUAGCCCUGGCCUGUCAAAAGGUGAAGAACGCCCUCAAGGAUGCUUCUGUCUUGGGGUAAAAGGCAGCUGGGCUCAGUGCCUGGCAAAGGGGAUGCCAGAGGAUUUCCUGGCCAGAGGAAAGGACAUUGUUUGCUCUGUGGUGGCUGGCCCUGGCUGGAGACAUGGCUCUCGGGGCUGAGUAUGCUAGGCCACUGGCCCCAGCGAGGAGGAGCAGAGGAGGACAGAGCCCACCCAUGCUGCAAAGAGCCAGACAGGAGGGAAGAGGAGCAGACAAUGGCGUGCAGGGGAUGACGGGGGUGACAAACAGAGGAAUCUGUCUCUGGGCUUGUUUUGUGAGACAGGAGAAUAUUGAAAUUUCUGCAUUAAACCAGACAUAUGACAAAA